AUGGGAUCCAUAGAGGAGCCUACAUAUCUGUACCAAAGCGUGAAGGAUGAAAUCCCUCCCCCAGUUGUCAAGAGCGCGGAGGGAAUGUACUUCACCCUUGAAAAUGGCCAAAAAGUCCUCGAUGCAACAUGCGGAGCUGCUGUCUCCGCUAUCGGCCAUGGCAACCAACGUGUCAAGGAUGCCAUUGUUCGCCAGUUGAAUGAGGUUACCUACUGUCACCCGGGGUAUUUUGGGAAUAAGCCCUCGCUUGAACUUGCCGACUUGCUGGUGAAAACCACUAACGGGCGACUGGCGCGAGCAUGUCUCCUUGGCUCUGGAUCCGAAGCAGUUGAAGCAGCACUUAAGCUGGCUUACCAGUACCAUCUCGAACUGACACCGGAGUCCCCUCGAAUUAACUUCAUUUCGCGGAGGGGCUCCUGGCAUGGUUGUACUCUGGGCGCACUAUCAGUUGGAGAUAUAAAGUCUAGAAAGACAGUCUUCGAGCCGCUACUGCUCAAGAGUGUAUCCCAGGUCUCUCCGUGCCACCCGUACCGGGACCUGCGGGACGGGGAAACGACAGAGCAGUAUGUAGCUCGCUUGCAACAGGAGCUUGAAGAUGAGUUCCAGAGACUUGGCCCUGAGACAGUCUGCGCCUUUGUUCUGGAGCCCAUGGUGGGCACGGCGCUAGGCUGCGUUGCGGCAUUACCGGGCUAUCUACAAGCCAUGAAGGAUGUCUGUGACCGCCACGGAGCGUUGAUCAUCUUUGAUGAAAUCAUGUGUGGUUUAGGCCGGACAGGGGCUUAUCACGCCUGGCAACACGAUGAUGUUGUUCCAGACAUCCAGGCCGUGGGAAAGGUGCUCGGUGGAGGAUACGCUCCUGUUUCCGGGGUCCUGGUCCACGAGCGUGUGAUCCGUACCUUAAAGGCAGGGAGCGGGACUGUCAUCCAUUCGCAGACCUACCAGGCGCAGCCCUUGGGUUGCAUUGCCGCGUUAGAGACACAACGCAUCAUCGUUGAGGAUAAUCUGGUGGAGAACGCUCGUGCUAUGGGCGAGUACCUCGGCCAGCAACUCAAACUGCAUAUUGGGAAUCACCCUAAUGUGGGGGAGGUUCGUGGUCGAGGGCUCUUUUGGGCAGUGGAGUUUGUCAAAGACAAAACCACCAAAGAGCCCUUGGAACCGAAGUUGAAUGUGGCUAGGCGCAUACGUAACCGUGGACUUGAAAAGGGAUAUGAUGUUUGUAUCUUCUCUGCUACGGGUGCCGCUGAUGGUUGGAGGGGUGACCAGUUCCUUUUGGCUCCAGCAUUCACUGUCACCAAGGAUGACAUUGACGAGAUCGUGAGCCGUGUUACUCGGGUUAUACACAGUGUGUGGAAGGAAAUCCAGCCUGCUAUAGAUGCUCUAGAUGCUGUUGAUCCUGUGGAUGAUGCACUAUAAUGCGGGCUUUAAGAUUGUCUCGCAAUGCUCGCCCUGGCUUACUCGUUAUGAACUUCUUUAUAUUUGGUUUAAUUAUACUGAGGUGUUUGGUUGGUGGGUUAAUGGGAUGAAACCGACAAUCUUUUCCUGCAUAAACAGC